AUGGGAUAUAUAAACACCUUGAUCAGCAUAAUGAUUACAUCAACACUCUUAGGUUUGAUUUUAUUUUUUAGGGGUGUUUUUAUAGAUAGAUAUUAUAUUAGGGUUAAAGCUGAAGGAAAAAUAGAAAAAGCAGAUCCAGUUGUACUAAUAGUAAUAGAUUCAUUUAGAAUGGAUUUAGCAGUGAGCAACUAAUUCAAUUUUAUCUAAUAAAGAAAAAACGAUCCUUAAUCCCUUAUUUUUUUAUCAUUAGCUGAAACUCCAACAGUCACUGGACCUAGAAUUCAAACUAUGACUACAGGUAACUUCGCUCCAUUAACAAAGGUUUUAGAUAAUUUUCAUGAUUCGGAGGUAUCAUUUUCAUUAAUUUAGAUUGUUGAAGAUAGUUUUAUCCGCUAAGCAAAAAUGAGUGGAAAGAAGACAUUAUUCAUAGGUGACAAUAACUGGUUAGGACUCUAUCCUAAUGAAUUUACUUAAGCUCAUCCUUUAAACAAAAUGAGAAUUAAUUCUCAUGCUAUGUAUGGUGUUGAUAAAAAAUUUGAAAAAAUAUUCCACUAAAAUCUUAAUUAGAGAUUUGAUCUGACAGUGAUUCACUUUUUAGGAAUAGAUUAUGUUGCUCAUGAAUAUAAUAGGGUUGUUUAAAAUAAAGUUCUUGAAGAAUAAUUAGAAUAAUUGAGUGAUAUUAUAACAAGAAUUUAUUAGAGAUUAUCAAAUGAUACUACUCUAAUUAUUACAGGUGAUCAUGGAAUGUUGAAUGAUGGAAAUCAUGGAGGUAACAGUUCCUUAGAAACUAAUACUGUAUUCUUCGUAACUAAAAAAAAUGCUCACUAUAACAAACACUAUAUGAAAAAUGUUAAUGGAUUUCGAGAUGACUAUGAAACUUUUGUGGUCUCAAAAGAUUCAUAUUUAAGAACAAUUAAAUAAGUUGAUAUAGCACCAACAAUAGCUAAAUUAAUUGGAGUGCCAAUUCCAUUUAGUAAUAUAGGAAUGAUUAUACCAGAAAUAUUCCCUAGUGAUGUUGUUGAUGAUUAUUGUGUAGAGAAUUUAAAGUAGAUGUUUCAUUAUUCAAAAAAAAUAAAAUAAGAUUAAGGAUUAUUUACUAAAUCAUAAAUUAGAUAAUGGAAAAACAAAAUCGAUAAAGUGUCUAAUUGUGUUUAAGCUAUUCCAAUUAUGGAAGAAAUUCAACAUUAAAGUAGAAUAAUAUGGAAUAAUUAUAAUGAACUUCUAAUAAUCCUUUCAAUUAUCUUUUCAAUCCUCAGUUUAUUACUUUAUAUUACUACUUUAUUGACAAUUAAAUAUGUUAAAGACUAUUCACUAUGUAAUACAUUAAUGAGAUAAAUUAAAUCCAAAUAUAAUAUUUAUAGUAAGUAAAUAUUUAUAGGACUUUUUGGAUUGGCAAGUUUAAUUUUGUUUUUUGAAAUAGAAAUUUUUAUAGCUAUUGUUUUAAUUCUAUCUAUUACAGUUAUCCUAAUAUAUUCAAUUGUAUUAUUGUAUUAAUGUAUGAAGGAAGAAUCUGCUUCAUAUUCUUCUUUACAUAAGGAUCCAAUCAAUUAAAGUAAAGAAUUUUAAUACUUUAAAUUUUUUAUUUUUGCCAUAUUUUUACAUAAAGUAUAUAGACAAGGAUCUUUAUUGUUUUCUAUUGAUGCUGGAACUAUUGAACAAAAUUAAUUGUUUGAUUAAAUAUUCGAUUUAUUAUUUAUGAGUUUUGUUCUAAAUAUUAUGGUUUUACUUAAAACCUAUUACGAUUCAGGAUAAUCAAAAAUACAUUUUAUUUAAUUAGCUAAGUCUAUUGGAGAAUAGUUAAUGCUUGUAGUUUUAACAUUAAUUUUGUUACAAUUAGAAUAUCUAUAUUAUGAACUUAGUCUAGAGCAUUCUUUCAAAAAUUUAAAAAAGAAGAAACAAAUAAUUCAUAUUUAUUUCCCCUCUAUUUUACAACAUGUCUUGCUAUAUUACUAUUAACAAUUAGGGAAUAAAAAUAAAUUCAAUAAAAUAAUAGCCCAUUUAUUUUUAUUUAUCGUUUAAUUCUACUUUAUUGUCCCUUAGAUAUCUAUGUUUGAUCAAAAUAGAAUCCUUAUAUAGAACUCCCUAAAAGCAUUUAUAUUUUGUAUGCCCUUUUUUUACAUCUAUGCUAAAGAUUUGAUUUUCAUCUUAAUUCCUACAUAAUUGGCAACAUCUUAAUAUGGAAUUGCAAUAUAUACUUACUUCAUAAUAUUAAUGUUAUUGGUGUAUAUUUUAUCCAAACCAUAAUUGAAAGUACUAUUUUAUAAUCUAUUAAUAGUAUAAUAAAUUAAUAUUUGUUGCAAUAAUUUCAUUAAUUUGCUAGUACACAUGGUUUAUGGUAGGCAAUCAAUGUUCCAUAUCUUCAGUUUAACGUGCAACAAAGAGAAUAGGGUUCUCUACUACUAAUGGUGUGGAACUGCUUCUAAUAAUAAUAUUUCUAUUAAUAGGCCCUUAUGUAGGUGGUUGCUUAUUUUUGAAAUUUGUAGGGAAUAUGUUAAAGGAAGAAAAAGAUGAAUUAAGAGAAUCAGAGAAGGAGAAUUCAAAUAAGGAAAUAAAACUAUAUUUUUUGCUUAACUUUUAUCUUUAGAUAUUGUUUACCCAAUUCCACAAUUAUAAUAAUUUAGGUGGAUAUACAACAAUUUAAUUUAAAUAUAUCUUUGAUGUAGUUGGAUAUAUAAUUAUUUGUCUAUUAGUUUAUAUUUAAUGA